AAGGCGCACGUUCGAAUCGUGCGCAUUGCGUUCAAGACCACUUCUACGAUCGUAACUACAAACAAACUAAACACAUUGUUUUUUUUUUUAGUUUUAACAACUAAACUAUAUUUUGUUUACGUGUGAUGCUUAGUUCCGUUCGGCGGGUUUGUGUAUGUGUUAUGAUAGUGCUGUGUACUUAAUGUUUUGUGGAAGGCUGUUAUCAUGACGCAUUGAUGUCUAGUGAAGCUGAUAUGUCUAUUAUUAGCGAGCUGAGAUGGCUGCAAGAUGAAGAGCUGUUCGCGUUAUCCUUGCAAAACGAGAUUGAAGCGGCCGAAGCCUGCACAUGGCUGAGAGCAGCUGGCUUCCCGCAGUAUGCGCAGAUGUACGAAGAUCUCCAGUUCCCAAUCGACAUAUCAGGUGUUCAAAACGACCACCCGUUCCUUGAUGCGGACUCUCUUCAGUCGCUGUUCAGACGUCUCACGGCGCUCAACAGAUGUGCGAACAUGAAGCUCGAACAUCAUCACCAUCAUCAGAAACGAUCCAAUGAUUCUGAUGAUGAGCAGUGUGCAUUGAGCGAUAAAUGGCAGUACGAGAGGAAGUCAAGGCGAUGGUCGAGGGUGGUUGAGAUCACACCGCAAGCUCAAAGAAGGUUACAGGUUAUAGCAGCACGGGCUCUUGCCGAACGAGAAGCAAGGGAGGCUCGGGGUGAGAUUGAAGAUGAUGAAGAUGAGACCCUACCAACCAUCAGGGUUGGACUAGUUGAUGCAGAUGGACACUAUACAGAUGUUGAUCCUGAUUUAUUGACAAUACCAGGUCAACAAACACACAUACAGUUACCAAGCGAUAAAGAAGAUGAAGAAGAUAUCGGUACUAGAUUUAGACGAACCGGCUCCGAAAGGUUACGGGACGGCGCUAAAGCUCUCCUACGAAGAGUUGAAUCCCUCAAAACAAGGAGAAGAAAACGCCAGAAUAGAACAGAAGUGAUUGUGUCAUCACCGCACUUUCUAGAUGUUUCCGACAAAUACCCCGACUUGAAUUACAUUGAUAUGACUCCAACUACUCCUUCUGCGUUUCCAUUUCCUGACUUCCACAGCUCUCCUUUGCAUGUUGCAGCUAUUAGAACUCAGCCACCUUCUCCUAUGACUGUAAUGCCUCCGUCCCCUAUUGGUCAGAAUGAGCAAGCUUUUGUCCUUAACCCGCCGUUUGGAGAUGACAGUUCGAGCUACGCCUCAGAUGGUAGUGUAAGUUCCAGUAAUAAGAGUUCAAAGUCCAAAUUAGGGAGGGCGAAGAGGAUGUUCCAUAGAGGUUUGAAGAAUGAGGAUUCCUGUGCGCUAAGUGAUUCGGAAUGCCAGCCAGCUAGUUGGAGACACAACUAUUAUAAGGAGCAUAACAUUCAUCACAAGACUGAGGUAUACGUGGAACCGGCAUCACCAGUGGAGCUGAAGCCGGAUCCAGAAGUACUUCGGGAAGUACAGAAAUCUCCAGCUCACACACCGCACAGACGCCAAGCUAUUCGGACAAGUUCGCUGAAUUUAGGAAAAGAUGGGCAAAAGUUCCGUGAUCGCAGCCUAAAGAGAGACAAGUCAGCGUCGAGGAGUUCAGAGCUGGAUAGCAGCCAAAACUCCGCAGGUUCCAGGUCGCAUGAUGGUGAUCAGGAUGAUGAUGAUGACAGCUUAGAUAUGAAAUCAAAGAAACACAACAUCCAAAGGUGGUAUUCAUUUAGAACAAAUACCUUAAAUGGUGGUCCGAAGGCAAAUAACACGCUCCAACCUGCACCGACUCAGAAAAACCCGGAGGCUUAUUUGUCGCGUCCCAUGUCAUCGUUAUCAUGCGGUCAGCUUCAUAUACUGCGCAAGUUGGCACUACUGAGGUUGACCGCUUGUAUGGAGAGGUAUUGUCCCUCGCACAAGUCGGGCUGGAACUGGGAACUGCCGAAGAUAAUCAGGAAGAUCAAAGCGCCGGAUUAUAAAGAUAAAACGGUCUUCGGCGUUCCACUAACAGUUUCACUGCAAAGAACGGGUCACUCUCUUCCAAAACCGGUGCAAUGCGCGUUGAACUGGCUUAAGAAAAAUGCAAUGGAUCAGAUGGGCUUAUUCCGGAAGGCUGGAGUUAAGUCUCGAAUAGCGAAACUCCGAGGGAUGGUCGAGUCAGCCGGGGCAUCGAACGCAACCUUCGCGAUCGAAAAUAUCAACACGAUCGAUCCCAGUCUAUCCAGUUUGAACUUCGAAGGUGCACAGGCUCAUGAUGUGGCUGACAUGGUGAAGCAGUACUUCAGGGAGCUGCCUGAUGCUCUCUUGACGAAUAAGUUGAGCGAGACUUUUAUUGCUAUAUUUCAACAUGUUCCCGAACCACUUCGACCUGAUGCAGUGCAGUGUGCUUUAUUAUUAUUACCUGAAGAGCAUCUAGAGGCUCUACAAUCUUUAUUACUGUUCUUAGCAGAGGUAGCAGAGCAUUCGGCUGUGAACCAGAUGACUGCGUCGAACCUGGCGGUGUGCUUCGCUCCGACACUGUUGAGGCUCCAUCACGCGCCCACGCAUACUGGCAGCACGAAAGAAGGCAACUCUAACAGAAUGAUCAUCGAAAGCGUGGCUGAUCAGCGUCAGAUUAGCGAGAGCCGUGCUGCCCACGCUUGUCUCCUGCUCCUGAUACAGAAGCACCAGCUCCUCUUCUUAGCACCAGCAGACAUGCUGGCGAGAUGCAAAUUUAAUUACUUCGAAGAAAGUGUUCCAGUCGCUUUGGAAGAACUCGGUGCUGACUUCAACCAAGACUGGAAGGGUUUUCAACAGGCCUGCAUAAAGGCGUUAUUAAAAGAAGCCAAAGAAAAAUCGCGAGGAUGGAUGUCGGUAUCGGGCGCGGCAGCUCACGUGGAACUUUGCUGCAAGAAAGUUGGCGAUGGUCAUCCUUUGAGGCUGUGGAGAGCAACCACAGAUAUAGAAGCACCGCCACAGGAAGUUAUGCAAAGGAUACUACGUGAGCGGCAUAUAUGGGACGAUUCGUUGGUGAAGUGGAGGGUAGUUGAAAAAUUGGGACCCACUGCUGAGGUAUUUCAGUAUGUGACAGCUUCUAGUUUCAACCUACCGCCACGUGAUUAUUGUGUGCUACGAUCAUGGCAACAAGGGGGUGGUGGAGGCGGCUGGUGCGCUGUGGCCGAGACUUCAGUAGCUCACGGAUCAGCACCAAGUGAUAGCUCCCGAGGGGUGGUGCUAGCGUCACGGUACCUCGCGCAGCCGGCGGGCAAGGGCAGAAGUAGGCUGGUGCACUUGGCGAGAGUCGACACUAUGGGACGAACACCGGAAUGGUACAACAAAUGCUACGGCCAUAUUUGCGCUUUGUAUUUGGCCCGAAUUCGAGCUUCGUUCAAGCACAACACAGAAGGGCCGGAAUCGAACGUAUGAUCAAAACAUUCCACUUAAGUCCUCACGUAUUUGAGCAUGACUUAAGUUUUGUGAAUAGUAUCUAAUAGACAAACUAUGGACAUUGUCUUAUCUGUGGUCUCUGAUAUUAUUAUCUGUAAUCGUAUUUAAAAUUAUUGCCGGACUAAAAUAUUCAAUGUUUCUGUGUCGCUGGAAUAUUUAAUUGUACAAAAAUACUUAUUUAGGUUAGAAUCUAUUACCUACCUCUGUAAAUCAAGUUUUAUCUUUAGUAAACCCUUCGCGGGGACCUACCAAAAAUCCUGACUGCGUUUGAGACUAGAAGUUUAAGUUUGUGUUUAGAUUUUGUCUUUGGUGCAUAAUAUUAGGUAAGCAUCACAAUUUUCGAGAAUAGGUACCUAUUUAUUAAGUACAAUUUAUAAAUGUAAUCUCAUUUUGCAAUAAAAAAGAUAUUUACCAAUUCCUUUUAUGAAGUUAUCAUAACAUAUCACUAGUCAUAUAUAUUAUAAUAUUUUAAAUAAUACAAACAUUUUAAAUUUAAAUAUAUUGCCGUACCUGCCCUGCUUUGAGAAUGUUAUAGUAUUUAAAUGUAUUUGUCUAUAUCACAACACACUUACCCUUAUUAUAUUUGAAAUUAAAACUAUAACUAUAGUUAUUAUCUACUAAAUAUAAUAUUUUAUUGAUAAAAUUCAUUGUAGGUUAAAGUUUUGAUGUUAUUAUUGUACACAUUUUAGUUAGUUAAAUGUGAUCACAAUUUAGGAUAGAUAUAUUGAAGUUGUAAUGUCUGUAGUGUGCCAUUGAUAUUUGUUACAACAAGCGAUCAAGUUGAUACGACAUAGAUUGAAUGUAGUGUUGGCAUUAUGAAGCUUUUCUUUAAUGGUUUAUAUGAGUAUGAUAAAAUCGUUUACAAUUUAAAAGCAAUUAUCAAAUGUCGCCAUUUCAAUAGAUCUUAUGCAAUUAUAUUAUAAUUUAGAUACACUUUGAAUGUCGACCUGCUAUAGUUAAUAAAUCAAUGUAUUUGUUGGAUGCGAUUACUAAUUGUGACAGUAAUCACGACCAUCAUGUUCACGAAGCAUACUUGCACAAACAAUGAGUUCAAGCACUAAGGGUUGAUGCAUCUUACGAUACUCUCAUACGAUAAAUUAUAUAUUUUAUUCUUUAUUACUUUCCAUGAAAUAAUUUAUACGAGUAUUAUUAUUUUGACACGACUCAUUUAUAGGAUACAGCACCUUACAAACUAAUUUGUUAUGUAUAUUGCAGCCAUUGUAAAAUACUCUAUUUGAUUGAAAAGAGUGGCCGUUCAGUUUCGUGUAUGUUCUUCUCACAAGCUCAACUUUUUACGAACAUAUGGUAAAUUCAGUAAUAAGAAAUAUCUGGAGUUACGAUUCAAAAGCGCAUAGUUUAAACCUAUUUGAAUAAAGUUUAUUUGACUUAAACUUUGAAAAAAAGGAGAGUUCCACACCAGACUGACACACUGAAUUGAUGUAAAAUAAUGCGCGACUGAAACAGAAGAAGAUAGACAGCUACAGUUGUCACUGUCAAACUUUGUAUGAGCAAACGAUACUUACUGUCAAAAUGCGUCCCGAACCGGUCGUUUUGGCACACAUAAUGCUUGCGUUAUGUUAUUAAAUGCUUCUUUUUUAAUAUUAUGUAAAUAUAUUAAUAGUUGAUAUUAUCACAAUAUAUUUUUAAUAUUUUAUAAUGCCUUCAAUUGUUUGUUAUCAAAUCGGAGCUUAAGACAAAUGUGAUUUAUAGGUAUCUAUGGCACACUUCAUUCAAAAAAAUAUUAAUAUGGAAUACUGGAAGCCAAAUAUCACAUUAUAUUAUAUUUGUAAAUAUGCAAUAAAUAGUAUUUUAUGUAGAAGGUAAUCUCAGUAAAUUAUGUGUUGUUAGUUACCUGUGGAAUCACAAUAUUUUAUCUAAUAAUUAAAUUGGUGCCCUUAUUAAUUAAGUAAUUAAUUCAUAGAUAUUUUUCAUAGUACCUACCCACAUAACGACUAAUGUCAAAACUAAUGGUUUUUUCCAAAAAUAUAUUGCUACAGUAGUUAAAAUUUUUAAACUUUUUAAAAAUUUAUGAAUGUUUUAUUUCUAUUAUUAUUAAUAAUACUGAAGGACUAGAAUCAAUGGGAUGACCAAUGACGGCAUAAUAUUCGUGGAAUCUGUGAAUUCACGCAUUAUCGGGCUGUUAGCUCGCCUAUACGCAAGCCUAUUGUAAAUCUAUGCUUCCAUAUCACAAAUCUUAAGCCGGCUUCACAUAUGCGGUGUGAAGUCGUGAACAGCGAAUGUUCAUAGCUUAACAUUCGUGCGUUCCCCGAUUAGUAUCGGUCUUUCCUCCACCGUCAGAGAAUCUACGUUUCGCUCUCAACGUUGUACCGAAUGUAGUGUUAAUGUUUCAAUUUUAGCCACGAUAAUAUUCAUAUUUAAUAAUAAAACACUAUACUUUUAUAUCAUUCCAAUUAUACAGCUUUUUAUAAAUUUGUUUGGAUGUUUCUCAAAGAAUAGUUAUAAUACUUGCGAUAGUUUGGUUUGUAUCUGUCCUCAUAAUUACCUAAAUCCAAUGCAGAUGUAAGGUAAACUUCAAUUUAGUAUAAUAUAAUCUACAAAAUAUAUAUUAAUAGGUAAUAUAUUCAUAUAAAUGAAAGAAAAUAUAAUAUUUCAAUUUAUACUAUACAUAAUUAUUAUCCUAUUUACCAUUCUAUUUCCAAAUGGAUGUUGUAAAUGCACGCGUUCUGUGUAGUUAAUAUUAAGCUGAACAUUAAUCAAGAUAUUCACAAAUUAAUACUCUGUGUAAUUUGUAAUGUAUAAAGCUAUAUCAACUAAUGCAUUGUGAUUUAUUCUUUAUGAAUUAAAUGGACCAUUUUAAUUGAG